UUCUGUUUGAAACCUGACGUGGAUGAUGCUGCCAGAGCUGAACCACUGAUCAGAGCCUGUGAAAAAGUCCCAUCUUUGCCUUGGCCAUCGGUUGAGAUAGGAUGGAAGACUCUUACAAGGACAGGACUUCACUGAUGAAGGGCGCCAAGGACAUCGCCAGAGAGGUGAAGAAACAAACAGUAAAGAAGGUGAAUCAAGCUGUGGACCGGGCCCAGGACGAAUAUACCCAGAGGUCCUACAGUCGGUUCCAAGACGAAGAAGAAGAGGACGAUGACUAUUACCCUCCCGGAGAAACCUAUGAUGGGGAAGCCAAUGAUGAUGAAGGCUCAAGUGAAGCUACUGAGGGUCAUGAUGAAGAUGAUGAAAUCUACGAAGGGGAGUAUCAGGGCAUCCCCAGUAUGAACCAAGGGAAGGACAGCAUAGUGUCGGUGGGGCAGCCCAAGGGCGAUGAGUACAAGGACCGACGAGACCUGGAGUCAGAGAGGAGAGCUGACGAGGAAGAGCUAGCCCAGCAGUAUGAGCUGAUAAUCCAAGAGUGUGGUCACGGUCGCUUUCAGUGGGCCCUUUUCUUUGUCCUGGGCAUGGCUCUGAUGGCAGAUGGUGUGGAGGUGUUUGUCGUUGGCUUCGUGUUGCCCAGUGCUGAGACAGACCUAUGCAUACCUAAUUCUGGGUCCGGUUGGCUAGGCAGCAUAGUGUACCUCGGGAUGAUGAUGGGGGCGUUCUUCUGGGGAGGACUGGCAGACAAAGUGGGAAGGAGACAGUCUCUUCUGAUUUGCAUGUCUGUCAACGGAUUCUUUGCCUUCCUUUCUUCAUUUGUCCAAGGCUAUGGCUUCUUUCUCUUCUGUCGCUUACUGUCUGGAUUCGGGAUCGGAGGAGCCAUCCCCACCGUGUUCUCCUACUUUGCCGAGGUGCUGGCUCGGGAGAAGCGGGGGGAGCAUCUGAGCUGGCUCUGCAUGUUCUGGAUGAUCGGCGGCAUCUACGCCUCUGCCAUGGCCUGGGCCAUCAUCCCGCACUACGGGUGGAGCUUCAGCAUGGGGUCGGCCUACCAGUUUCACAGUUGGCGUGUGUUUGUCAUCGUGUGUGCGCUGCCCUGCGUCUGCUCCGUGGUGGCCCUCACAUUCAUGCCUGAAAGCCCACGGUUCUUGCUGGAGGUUGGAAAACAUGAUGAAGCGUGGAUGAUUCUGAAGCUGAUUCACGACACGAACAUGAGAGCACGAGGCCAGCCUGAGAAGGUCUUCACGGUAAACAAAAUCAAAACCCCUAAACAAAUAGAUGAGCUGAUUGAAAUUGAGAGUGACACAGGGACCUGGUACAGGAGGUGUUUUGUUCGGAUCCACACGGAACUGUAUGGAAUUUGGUUGACUUUUAUGAGAUGUUUCAACUACCCAGUCAAGGAAAAUACAAUAAAGCUUACAAUUGUUUGGUUCACCCUGUCCUUUGGGUACUAUGGAUUAUCUGUUUGGUUCCCUGAUGUCAUUAAACAUCUGCAGUCCGAUGAAUAUGCAUUGCUAACCAGAAAUGUGGAGAGAGAUAAAUAUGCAAAUUUCAGUAUUAACUUUACAAUGGAAAAUCAGAUUCAUACUGGAAUGGAAUACGACAACGGCAGAUUCCUAGGGGUCAAGUUCAAAUCCGUAACUUUCAAAGAUUCAGUUUUUAAGUCCUGCACCUUUGAGGAUGUGACUUCAGUCAACACCUACUUCAAGAACUGCACAUUUAUUGAUACUGUUUUUGACAACACAGAUUUUGAACCAUAUAAAUUCAUUGACAGUGAAUUUAAAAACUGCUCAUUUUCUCACAACAAGACGGGAUGCCAGAUUACCUUUGAUGAUGAUUAUAGUGCCUACUGGAUUUAUUUUGUCAACUUCCUGGGGACAUUGGCGGUGUUGCCAGGGAAUAUCGUGUCUGCUCUCCUGAUGGACAGAAUCGGGCGCUUAACAAUGCUAGGUGGCUCUAUGGUACUUUCGGGGAUCAGCUGUUUCUUCCUUUGGUUUGGCACCAGCGAAUCCAUGAUGAUAGGCAUGCUGUGCCUGUACAAUGGAUUGACCAUCUCGGCCUGGAACUCUCUUGAUGUGGUCACUGUGGAACUGUACCCCACAGACCGGAGAGCAACAGGCUUCGGCUUCUUGAAUGCACUAUGCAAAGCAGCAGCCGUCCUGGGCAACUUAAUAUUUGGCUCCCUGGUUGGCAUCACCAAAGCAAUCCCCAUCCUGCUGGCUUCUACUGUGCUCGUGUGUGGAGGACUCGUGGGGCUGCGCCUGCCUGACACACGAACCCAGGUUCUGAUGUAACGGGAAAAAAGCCAUCCUUCCUGUGUCUCCUCCGCCCGCCCUGGGUCAGUUCGCCUGACUGACUCAAGGCUUCAGAGUUUUCCCAUAUAGAAAGAUGAUCCAGUAUCAGAACACAGACUGUUGCUGUGACUUAAAAAUUUAGAUGCAUACCAUCU